AUGGUUGAAAGGUGUCUUAUCGCAGCUUCUUUGGCAGCUUUGGUUUGUCACCCAAGUUCCACCAUAAAAUGCUUCAAACCCAAGCCACGAUCGCCACAAGAAGACCACUCAAAACGACACCUCUGUUCUUCACCAAAAGACUCAAAACGACUUCUUUUCAAGGAAGAAGAGGAAGAAAAAGUAGUAAUACUACCUUCGAAACACCAGGAAAACCUCCACCCCCACCAUGCAAGUCGUUCUUCUUCAAAGCUCAAGGAGAAGAAAUUGAUCAAGGCAUUUUCAGAGCUUGUUGAGAAAGAUCAUCCUGUUGGGAUUGUAGAGAGUAUUGUGAGAUCAGGCUGGGCUAGUAGUGAAGUAGGCCUCAAGAUUGAGAAGGUGUUGAGGGUAAAUCAUAGUAAAAAUGUGCUUCGAAGGCUCGAAGAGUACAGAGAAGACGUGAAAGCUACUUACAAAAAGGGUAGGAUUUUAAAGAGGAUGGAGAAGUUGGUGGUGGAUGGGAAUGAGCUUUUGCAAUUCCAUGGGGCAACAGUUACUUGCUCUCUAGGCAUCAAUGGUGACACUAGCAUUUGUCAGCGGAAAUGUUGCCAAGUUUGCAGAAUGAUAACUUCAGAGCUUUCAGACGACGAUGGAACAAUCUCGUUUUUCGGGACCAGCUGGAUGGCUCAUCAGAAGGUGAGUAGGGAAUGCUUGAAGAAAAAGAUGACUGCAAGGAAGGCCCUGGUGAUAUGUAAAGUGAUUGCAGGUCGAAUUGCUCAUUUUCAUGCACAUGGACUCAUGGACAACGACGGAGGUGAGUUUGAUUCUGUGAUGGCAUGGAACGGGAAUCAGUUUAGCGAUUCCAAAGAGCUCUUGAUUUUGAAUUCGGAGGCUGUUCUUCCUUGCUUUGUGAUCAUAUAUAAUGUCGAUAAGCCUUCAUGA